AUGUCAGAACCUGGUACAAAUGGCAUUCCCAGUAGCAUGCAGUCCUCGCCAGACUUGGCUGGCAGGGCGGGAAGCGUGCUCACCUUCCACAACAUCUGCUACCGUGUGAAGACAAAGACUGGGUUCCUGUGUUUCCAAAAAACCACCAAAAAAGAAGUUCUGAGAGAUGUCAAUGGCAUCAUGAAACCAGGACUGAAUGCAAUUUUGGGACCCACUGGCAGCGGUAAAUCUUCGCUACUGGACAUUUUGGCCGCAAGGAAGGAUCCCCACGGGCUCUCUGGUGACAUUUUGAUCAAUGGAGCUCCUCAGCCUGCCAACUUUAAAUGUACCUCCGGGUACGUGGUACAGGAUGAUGUGGUGAUGGGAACCCUGACUGUAAGAGAAAACCUGAAGUUCUCAGCAGCACUUCGCUUGCCAAAGUCAGUGAAGGAACAGGAAAAAGAUGAACGAGUGAAUCAGAUCAUCAAGGAACUGGGUUUGAGCAAAGUGGCAGAUUCCAAGGUUGGUACCCAGUUCACUCGUGGGGUGUCUGGAGGAGAGCGGAAAAGGACCAAUAUUGGGAUGGAGCUCAUCACGGAUCCUGCCAUCUUGUUUUUGGAUGAGCCAACCACGGGACUUGAUGCCAGCACUGCCAACGCUGUCCUAGUGUUACUGAAAAGGAUGUCGAAACAAGGAAAGACAAUCAUCUUCUCCAUCCACCAGCCUCGGUACUCCAUAUUCCGACUGUUUGACACGCUGACCCUGCUGGCUGCAGGGAGAGUGCUGUACCACGGCCCGGCCCAGCAGGCCAUCGAACACUUCCAGUCCCUCGGCUACCAGUGCGAGCCCUACAACAACCCCGCCGACUUUUUCCUGGACGUCAUCAAUGGCGACUCCACUGCCGUGGCAAUGAACAAGGCUGAUGAAAGCAAGACAGAGAGCACUGAAGAACCCUCUGAAUAUGAUAAAACCUUGGCUGACCAAUUAGCAGAAAAAUACUCCAAUUCUGCCUACUACCGAGAAACAAAAGCACAACUAGAGAGCAUUUCUUCAGGAAAUAAAAAGAAAGCCAAAGGACUUUUCAGGCAAAUCACAUAUGCCAAUUCCUUCCUCCACCAGCUGAAAUGGGUGUCCAGGCGCACAUUUAAAAACCUGAUAGGAAGCCCUCAGGCUUCCAUAGCUCAGCUUCUUAUUACAGCUCUUCUGGGACUGAUUGUAGGUGCCAUUUACUUUGGACUUGAAGACAACUCUGCUGGAAUACAGAACAGAGUGGGCGCAAUGUUCUUUCUGACCACCAACCAGUGUUUCAGCAGCGUCUCAGCUAUUGAACUCUUCGUUGUGGAAAAGAAGAUAUUUAUACAUGAAUACAUCAGUGGGUACUACAGAACAUCUGCAUACUUCAUAGCAAAGCUAAUGGCUGAUUUAAUACCCAUAAGGACUCUGCCCAGCAUCAUCUUCACCUGCAUAGUUUACUUCAUGCUAGGUCUGAAACCAACAGUAGAAGCCUUCUUUACCAUGAUGUUCACCCUUACGAUGGUGUCCUACACAGCCACUUCCAUGGCACUUGCCAUUGCCGCAGGACAGAGCGUGGCCGCCAUAGCAAACCUGCUCAUGACUGUCACGUUUGUUUUUAUGAUUCUUUUCUCUGGGUUGCUGGUCAAUCUCACAAGCAUCCUGUCCUGGCUCUCCUGGCUCAAAUACUUCAGCAUCCCUCGAUAUGGAAUGACAGCUUUACAGAUCAAUGAGUUCACUGGUCUGACCUUCUGUGGCAGCAGUAACGACACAGUUUUAAGCAGUGACAGUAUAUAUCGACAGACAGGCCAGCUGAUAUGUACUGGAGAGGAUUAUCUGAAGAGUCAAGGCAUCGAAGCCAGCACCUGGGGGCUGUGGCAGAACCACCUGGCCCUGGCCUGCAUGACGUUCAUCUUCCUGACCAUCGCCUACCUCAAACUGCGCUUCAUGAAGAAGUUCUCUUAA